CAAGCCCAUGCUAUGCCCGGUACUUUUGAUGUUGCGGUCAAGAGAUAGCGCCCGCGAGCGUCUGACCGAAGCGAACCGGACAAAGACGUCCUUGGGAACUGCCGAUCUGUCCGCCAGCCAGACCCCCCGCACAUUUAAAAAGGCCAGCGCCCACCCGAGGCCCCUAAACCAUGCUCGCCGCCUCGCUGUGUCGGUCCCCUCGGUCGCUUCGGCUGACCGGGACCGUGGCGGCCUUCAGGGGUCCGAGCCACACCAACCUCGGCUCCCAGCCGGGCCCGACGCGCAAGUCCCUUGCCCGGGCCCGUAGUGCUCGCGCGUCGGAGAGGCACAUGUCUGGGCAGCCCGACGCCGCCAACCACCCCGAGCACCAAAGGUACCCCGGGCGCCCCACCAGGUCGCUCGCCGGCAGGGUGGCACUGGUGACGGGCGCGGGAAGUCGUGCUGACGACGGCCGCGAGGGCGAAGAGGGAUUUGCCGGCCUGGGAAACGGCGCCGCCACAGCGGUCCUGCUGGCCGAGGCUGGCGCCUCGGUCGUCUGCGUCGACAUCCUGCCCGCCCGCGCCGAGCGGACGACCCGGCUGGUUCGCCUGGAGCACCAGCAGCGAGGCGGAGGGCGGGGGCUGGCAGGUGGCGACGCUCGGGCGCACGCCCUCGCCUUGGCGGGUGACGUGACGGUUGCUCCCGAUUGCGAGCGGCUCAUCGCCGAGACGGUCGGGCAGCUGGGCCGCCUCGACAUCCUCGUCAACAUUGUGGGCACCAUCGGGGUCAAGGGGGACGCGACCGAGGUCGAUCCCGCCGAGUGGGCGAGGAGCCUCGAGCUCAACGUGUCCAGCAUGAUGCAGAUGGCCAAGUACGCCAUACCCGCCAUGCGACGCAACAACGACGCCGACCAGCAGCAGUCCAACAGCAGCAACAACAAGGCCGCGAGCACCCGGUCCGGCGCUGGGUCCAUCAUCAACAUCGGCUCGGUCGCGGGCCUGAGGGGCGGGACGCCACACCUGCUCUACCCAACGAGCAAAGGCGCCGUCGUCAACAUGACGCGCGCCAUGGCCGUCCACCACGCCCGCCACGGCAUCCGCGUCAACUGCGUCUGCCCCGGCAUGCUGUACACGCCCAUGGUCGCGUACGGCGGCGACGACUCUGCGCACCACGAGCGCUUCACCGUCACCAUGAGCCCGCAGAUGCGCGAGUCCCGCCGGAACCGGAGCCUGCUGCGCACCGAAGGAAACGCCUGGGACUGCGCCACCGCCGUGCGCUUCCUCGCCGGCGACGAGGCACGCUGGAUCACGGGAUCUGUGCUGACUGUCGACGCCGGCGCCACCGCUUCCACGGAGCUGGUCUGGUAAAAGGUCUUUCAGCUUUCUUUUUUGUUAUGUUGUAUUUGACAUUAAAUAACGCGUGAUCGUCUAUGUAAUCUAUGUAUGGCCGUGUCUCAUUGUUCAUCUCGUAACAGAUUAGUAUGGGUAUAAUGUUUUACCAUUGC